AUGGAGGCUACGGCCGCCGUUGCCGCUGCCGCCACUGCCGCCGCCGUGCGAGGCGCCUCGCUCCAGAUGCCGCCACCGUCCCGCAAAGAGUGGCGCGCUGUCGCCGAGCAUCACCAUUCCUCACGGAACCCCGACGGCGAGGAGUUAGACAAUGCCAAACUAGGGCAAUCAGACGAGAGAACCAUAUAUGAGGUGCAGCAAGGAAGAGAGCCUCUUGAUGUUGAUUUUUGUUCAAUGACAGUGGAUGGAACACUAGACAAUGAUAUUUUGCAGCAGCAGCUUCAUAAUGUUGUUAGACAAAGACAGGAACUACUCCAAAUGGAGAUUGAACUAAAGGCUCAAAUGAUUGCUAGAACUGAGAUAAUGGACAUGCGAAACACCUUUGAUGCUCAGCUCAAGGACCAUGUUAAUAAUGCCAACAAGCUUCAGGAGCAACUUUGUGAGAGGGAGCGUACAUUUCAUGACCUUGAAAGGAAAAUGGAAGAGAAAGACAGAGAGCUGCAUGCUAUUAAAUUAGACAAUGAAGCAGCAUGGGCUAAACAAGACCUUCUCCGUGAGCAAAACAAAGAACUUGCAACAUUCAGGAUGGAGCGUGAUCAUUCUGAAGCUGAAAGAGCUCAGCAUAUAAAACAGAUACAUGACCUGCAAGAACAUAUUCAAGAAAAAGAUAGGCAGCUUAUUGAGUUGCAGGAACAACAUAGGGUUGCUCAAGAAACCAUUAUGUUUAAAGAUGAGCAGUUAAGAGAGGCCCAAGCAUGGAUAGCUCGAGUUCGAGAGAUGGAUGUUUUCCAAUCAACAACAAACCAAACAUUACAAGCUGAAUUAAGAGAGCGCACAGAGCAAUACAAUCAGCUGUGGAUGGGUUUUCAGAGACAGUUUGCAGAGAUGGAAAGAGUUCAUUUGCAUACUAUUCAACAACUACAGCUUGAACUGGCUGAUGCAAGAGAGAGGAGUGGAACUUACAAUGAUGAUUCAAGAAUGUCCCAAAUCAAUUCAAAAAAUAAUGCUACUCAGUUUGGACACGAAAAUGGAAGUCAAUUUGAUUUAAAUGGAAGCAAUACUUCGGGUGGAAAUAAUGGUCUCCUUCCUAAUGAAAACACUGAUAAUGGUGCACCAUUUGCAUCUACUGGAAAUGCAUCAAUCCAGACUGAACAUGUUCCUGGUGUCCCUAUUAGUCCAUCGUCUCUACUUGUCCAACCUUCAUACCUCCCACAUGGCCAAGUAACUGCAUUACAUCCAUUUGUUAUGCACCAACAAGGAGUGACCAGUUCUGUUGCAUCACAUGUUCCCCAAUCGCAUGUUGGACAUUUUCAUCCUGUGCCCUCAAUGUCACCUGUGCAGCAAUGGCAGAGUCAACAGUCUGUGUCUGAGGGUUCACAAGUACCCAUACAGGAACAUCCUUCACCAUCUCAGACUGAUCAGAAUUUGAUGCGAUCAGAGGCUAAGUUUAGUUAUGAAAUGUCUGUUAAUGGACAAUCUCUUCAUAGAGAUUAUCUGGAUGGUCACAUUAAGCAAGGCGAGGGGGCACAAACUGUGAUUUCUUCAGUUACCACCGAAACCCAGGUUCUUCAGUCAGUUGAUAAGGGUCAACAUGUUGCUUCCCAACAAGAUCAAAGCAUGCAAAAAAUUUCUUCACAGUUCUCUGAUGCCUUAAGAUUAAACUCUUUUGAACCAAAUGGUGAAGUUAAGGAGCAGAAUUCUGUGGCAUUAUCUAAUGAUGGACCUGAUGACCAAGUUUUAUUGACAGAGCAAGCAAGUUCUGCUGCAAGUGUAUCCCCGGUGAAAAGCCAAUCAGUUAAUCAUAAUGAAAUGAUUCAGAACAAUUCGACUGAUUCUAACUUGUCUGAAGUGUUCACCUCUUCUGGGUCGACUACUUCAACAACAAUUACAAAGGCAUUAGAGACUGUUCUCCUUGAUGAAAAAUCAUUAUUAGCCUGUAUUGUUCGUACUAUUCCAGCUGGUGGUCGAAUUCGAAUUAGUUCAACGCUCCCUAACCGACUGGGCAAGAUGCUUGCACCUCUACAUUGGCAUGAUUACAAAAGGAAGUAUGGGAAGCUGGAUGAUUUUGUGGCUAGCCAUCCUGAAUUAUUUUGUAUUGAGGGUGACUAUAUUCAGCUUCGAGAAGGUGCACAGAAAAUGGUUGCUGCAACUGCAGCAGUUGCCAAAGUUGCUGCAGCAGCUGCUGCAUCAACUCCUUAUUCUUCAUAUAUAUCCACUGUGGCAGUUACACCAAUGGCUCAGUCUCAUCGCAUGAAAAAAGUUCCUUCAAUUGAUUCCAAAAAUAUCAAAAGUGACAAGACACUUCAAGAAUAUGCAGUCAUCUCUUCAAAUUUAGGGGAUGAUCCUCUGAAACUGUCAGUAAUGCAGCAUCAGCAAUCUAAUGGUGCAUGCUUCAGUGUUGCUGGAGGUCUUUCAAAUGUCAAAAUUUUGAGUAAAUCCAAGGAUUCUCGGGAAACUGAUGGCCCUGAUAGUAGGGUUGUCCAGCCUUCUGUACAAUUGUCUGUUGGCAAUGGGGGCAGUGCCCAAAUUUCUGGCUCAGCAAAUGGGAGGCUAGUCUCAAGCUUUAGUUCUAAACAGCAGACCAGGGCAACUGGUGCUGUGUACCCUUCUCGGAGAUAG